AUGGCAGAAAGUCCUGUAGAAAACCAAGAAAUUAUUGAAGAGUGGCCUACUCAAAAUAUUGCUAUAUUCGGUAAAUAUUUAACAGCAUCCGAAAUUCAGUAUUAUUUAGAAUUUCAAGAAUAUCCCAACACGUCCGAAACUGGAUUCGCAAGUGUAUAUAAUGUAUUAGGAUGGAAACAAAGUGAAGCACGAGAAGCGUUUUCUAUGACAAAUAUACAAUAUUCAUAUGGAGGUACUGGGACAACCUGUAAAGUAGGAAAUUGUGACUUUUUCCCAGGUAUUAAGGUGUCUAAAGAGCAAAGACAAUGUCUCAAUGUGAAAGUAUGUGAAUUUGCAUCUAAAGAAUUAGAUACUGGACAUACAUCUGUUGAUUUUACUCAACCUAUCUUCAAAAAUAUGUUUGAUGCUAAUGAAAAAUUUCACGAAAAAGCAACAAUUUGUAUAUUUGCCAAAGCACAUGAAUAUAGUUGUGGGUAUAUAAAUGAAAAUGGAGUGAAAUAUAACGGUAAACCAAAAUUAGGUGAAUUAGUACAAGUGAAUAAUACGAAGAAAAAGUUUAUUGGUUGUACUAAAUGGAAGCCUAAAGAAAAAAACUAUCAGUUCCUAACAAUUCUGCCUAAUGUUGAUCUUGAAUUAUUGGAAAUGAUGUUUAAUGAGCAUUCCUAUCAUCCUCAUGGUAUUGAUUUUGAGAAUGAUGAAGCUAAAGCAGUAGAUAAAUAUUUUAUGGUACGACCUAAUAAUGCACGAUCUGAUGCAUGUCCAUUUUUACAUAAAAUAGGAAACCAUAUUGUUAAAGGUGUUAUAAGUAAAAAAGCUAGUAAGCAUAAUCAUUCACCUCCACCACCUCGAAAAACUCCAUAUAAUAUAAGAAAUCAACUUCAAAAAAUAAUUGAUAGUGAGCAUAUACUUGAUUUAACUAGAAGGAAAUUUCUAACUGGAACUAUGAUUCAAACAUAUUUAAAUGGAAAAAUGUUAAGUGAUUUGCAUCCCUCAUUAAAUAAUCAAUCCAAAAUUGAUUAUUUUAUUGAAAAAAGUCAGCGUUCCCAAUAUCCAUUUAGUCAAAAUGUUUUGGGUGUCGUACAUAAAUUUAUGAAAUAUAAUAUGAGUGCAGAUCCAUAUAUUCGAUCAAUUCGAUUUCUUGAUAAUGGUCAAUACAUUAUUUUAUGUGCUACUAAAGAACAAACAAUAGCACUUUCUGAAUUGACACAUAUUGAAAUUGAUAUGGCGUUUAAAAGAAUUCAUGGUAUCACAAAUGAAUGGGAAGUAACAGCAUAUUUACCUCGAGUACAGAAAACUUUGACUUUUGCUCAAAUAUUUACAAAUAUUGAAACGGCUGAAGCAUACCAAAAUUUAUUUGAAGAUUUGCUUGGAUGCAUAGAAAGAGAUAUAGGCAAAACUUUUAAUUUUUAUCAUAUUUAUAGCGAAGGAUUAGGCUGCAUUAUUGCAGACUAA